AACACUAAUUCGCACCAUACCACAGCUGUAUCCGGAUGGCCUUUGUCCAGCGUAAAUUGGAUUUCAAAUUGGCUUAAAUUAAAUAUAAAAAUAGUGCAAUGAAACUGUGGGCCAGCCGGAGACGAGGGCACUAACCGUCGAGGACGACUUCAGCGGAGUAGGGGACAUCGGCAAGAGGAGGAUAACCGGCGAGCAGGAUACCCCGGAGCACCCUGUCGGUUGUGACGCAAUUACAAAAUUCUCAGUGCAGAAAAGUAGGCGGCAGGGGCACGAGACAACAACAAUAGCAAGCUGAAUCAACGUGCGCCAGCGAAUUGGUCCCACACAUUUCACUCUGGAGGUCUGAGGCACCACCGACCGACCAACUGCCUGCGAAAAGCGAACGGCUGCUCAGGGUCACGACGGGCUAAGGCUUUCACUUUUAUUUUCGGCGAGGCAAAUUCUCUAUCGGCGAGGAACCGUCAACAUGGUCGUGGCUGCAUCCACCUGCCGCACGGAGACGGUGUUUGACUACAGUUGGAUGAACGUUGUGGUUGCCUAUUGGAACCGAUACCCGAAUCCCUCCAGUACACACGUUCUCACGGAAGACACCAUCCAGAGGGAGGUGCGGGACGGUAAGCUCUACUCCCGCCGUCUUCUAUCCAAGACGAAUCCUGUGCCAAAGUGGGGUGCUCGUUUCUACAACAAUGUGCCGGUCAAGAUUGUUGAGGACUCGGUGCUGGACCCGGUCAAGAAGACCUUCACCACAUUCACCCGUAAUCUAGGCAUGAAGAAGAUAAUGAAAGUGGAUGAGAUCGUCGUCUACAGUGAACAGAAGGAUGGCAAAACUCUGGCCGUGCGGCGUGCCUACAUCAGCUCCCAGGUGUUUGGCUUCUCGCGAGCUAUCCGAGCAUUUGGAAUCGAACGGUUUAAAAGCAACGGAAACAAGGCCUCCAACGGAUUCAACCAUGUGCUGCGCCGCAUGUUCCCACACAGCCAGCUUGUUAUACACCCCCAACCAUCGAUAGCCACCGCAUCGUCGGCUAGUGAACUGGCAGUGGCAACAGUCGCCACAACUUCAUCGUCGUCCGGCAAUCACAACAAAUCCGAGACAUUCAAGAGCGCCGCCAAAGUGGGCUACGAGUUCUUCAAAUGUCACGCAUCGAAGAUUGCACAGCUAUUUUCUGUUAGGAACUGAAGGACUACCAGCUCUCUGGAAUGCUGUUGUAUGGAACGGAAGUCUGAGCCAUUGAGUGGAUGGCUCUCUGUGGCGUUGUGGAAAACGACGACGGAGACGAAGGUGGGAACAUCAUCGUUCACAAUUAGCAUGUAUUCCAAAAAACUACAAACUAAAUACUUUGCUGCAUUUCAUUCCGUGUGUGCGCGAGCCAACCUGUAGGUCAGAACGGAGGCACUAUUUGCUGAACACACUUCCUGCAUCCAAAAAAAAUUCUAUAAUUUUACUUUUAGUCAGUUGCAUUAUAUUAUGUACCAUUCUGUUAGGCCAAAAACCAAGGCGUGUGUAAAUUUUUGGGAUUUUAUGUAAACUGUUGUAUAUUUUUUCUAAAAAAAAAGCGCACACGCGUAGAUUACUAUAAUCUAAAAAAAUA